GCGCCCGUCUGUAACCCGAGCGGGGGCCAACUCUUGGAAUUGUCGCACACCUGUGAGACCCCUGGUCUGCCACAUCGAUGACUCGUCCACUCCAAGCUGAGAGUCCGCAGCGGCAUCACCUCGGAAGGGGUGUUGACGUGGCGGUUAGAGAGGGGGGCACCGCGUGAGGCGGGAAACCGAGCAGCGAAAACCCCCCGCUCCCAGCGGUGGAGGGAUAGCGAGGCUGAGUGCGCGGCCGUGGUUUCCCUUGCAGGCUCGGGCCACGAGACCAUUCUCCCACACCCUUUUUCUCCCCGUCCUCCAUUCUCGUUUCUCCUUUCUGGACUUGACAUAUUUUUCCUGCCGCCCGCCUCUUUCCUCCAUGGGUAAUUGCCGCCCGCCUCUUUCCUCCAUGGGUAAUUGCCGCCCGCCUCUCUUGUUUCUGUGAGGGCGUUGCUGAAUUUGCACCCGCGCGGCGAUCGUUUUUUCGCUCGACGAGUCUACUCGUCACCAACCCAGGAGAAGGAUUCUCGGAUGCGCGUUUUCUCCUCGUCACCUACCGUAUACGUGUGUACGCCUACCGUGGUGCACCUUGCGCUAGUAUGCAGACUGCUCGACUUACACGCCGGCAGUGCACGUUACUCCAAUAAGGUCGCGCCAUGGUUACCCUAUCAACAUAGAGUCUGCUUAGCGCCCGCGCCGAAUGCUUGCCCGCGGCGCAGCACUGCACGCCCUUCCCCUCGUCUCCACCGCCGGGGCGCGCAUCGCGCUCCUCCGCGCGACGAUGAACGAGUUCCUGCGCUUUGCGCACGCGCGCGCGGAGACAGGGAGCAUCGCACUUGCAGGAGAAAGGGUAUACAGCAGGCGUGCACGCGGGGAGGAUAAACCUGCGAUUAUUGUGCAGUACGACGAGGAUUGUAACGCGGAUGAGAGAGAAACCGGGGGUGGGCAGGGGGCAAUGCGGGUGGCAAGAAGGAGGUCUGCCCGGCGACGAACGGAUGUGACUGUAAAGAGGGAAGCAGACGAGGUGGCUGCCAGGCAACAAGCAGGCGACGUGAUUGUGAAGAGAGAGGUCGUGACCCCUACUGAAGCUAGGGAACUAGGGGCUGGGAUUGUAAAGCGAGGUCCAGAGGAGGUGAAGAGAGAUGGAAAUGAUGUGACUGUAACGAGAGAUGCAGAGGGUGGGACUGUAAAGAGAGAAGCGGAAGACGUGAUUGUGAAGGAAGAGGAAUUGGGACACGUGGGAAUUGAGGCCUCUGUAGCAGCUGCUGGCAUGGCUGUAGCGGAGGCUGCUGGGGGUGGUGGCAGGGGCAGGAAGAAACGAAGGCAGCCGGCAGAGAGAGACGCGGAUAGUGGAGCAGGAGGGGGUGAAAUAGUUGUGGCCGGGCUGCCGAAAAGAUUCUCCGGCGGGCAGGUGAAAGGCGGGGAGCAGGGAAAUUGGCGGGAGGUGCUGACGGCAAUAAAGGCGAUGCGGGGGGGCGGGGAGGCGCCUGUGGAUACCAUGGGGUGCGAGAAGGCAGGGCAGGGCAUGGGGGAGAAGCAGCGGCGCUUUGCAGUGCUGGUGUCGGCCAUGCUGUCCUCGCAGACCAAAGACCCCGUCACACACGCCGCAGUGGCGCGGCUGCAGGCGGCGGGGCUGCUGUCAGCCGAAGGGAUGAAGGCAGCAACAGAAGCAAGCAUUGCCCAAACCAUCUACCCGGUGGGCUUCUACUCCCGCAAGGCAGGGUAUUUGAAGAAGAUGGCGAGCGCGUGUCUGGAGAAGCACGGAGGGGACAUUCCGGGCAGCCUGGAAGAUUUGCUUGCACUGACCGGGGUCGGCCCUAAGAUGGCGUACUUGGUGUUGAACGUGGCAUGGGAGCGCGUGGAGGGCAUCUGUGUGGACACACACGUGCACCGGAUAACACGCCGACUGGGAUGGACUGAUGCCAAGGCCAAGACUCCUGAAGACACACGCAUUUCUCUCCAGCAGUGGCUACCAAGAGAGGAGUGGCUGGGCAUCAACCCCCUCCUCGUGGGCUUUGGCCAAACCACCUGCCUGCCCAUCGGCCCCCGCUGCUCCUCCUGCCUCCUCGCCUCCCACUCGCUCUGCCCCUCCGCUGCCCUCCCCCGCCUCCCACCCCCUCCCACUCCUCCUCUUCCUCCUCCUGUCUCUUCUCGGCUUCCUCCCUCAAACCCACUUCCUGCUGCCGGCACGCCCCUUGCGCUCCCCCCUCCCCCGUCCUCGCCCCUCACCGACCUCCCUUGCAGCACUGCACCCACCGCCAUCCCCGUGCCAACCAAGCGCCUCACACCAGGCACAGAUUCACCUUCACCAGAUGGCCCCACCCCUGCACCCACUGUUGCCCCACCAUGCCUUCCUGCGCCUGAAAGCACCUCCUCGCUCUCCGAGUGCGCGCCGCGUUCACUGGACUGUUCCAAGCCGUUACCCACCGUGGUAGCCCCACUUUCGCUGGACCGUUUCAAGCAUGGUAGUGUCACAAGCACGGAUGCGGGAGAGGAAGAAGUGGCAGCAGGGGCAGAUGCUGGCCCCAGGCGCAGCCUUCGGUUUUCCAGAGCCCGAAAUGUUGUGGGGUGAGAGGUGGAGAGAGCUUUGGUUGGAAGCCAGCUGUGGUUGAUUGGGGAGGCCAGUGUUGGAAAAUAAGGU